UGUGUUUUUGUCAUUGUCAAUGUCAAACUCAUCAGUCAAAACACGAGAAAUUUGAGUCGAAUUUGUCAUUGUUGAUAUUAAUUUUAAAUGGUUGCCUAUAGAUUGUUUCGUAUUAAGUAUUUACAAAUAAAAUUUAAAUACAAACUAAAGUAACUGUGUAAACCAAAGCAGUAACGGUUGUCUCUUUAUUCUUAAUACUCAACUGCAUAAUACGCCUUCAAAAGUCUACAUGAGCUUGCAUUUGGAAGAAGCCAACGAAACACAACAACUUAUGCAGAAUGAGGUGGAAGAAGAUGAGCAGAAAGUGCAUCAUGCGGCAACAUCACCUGUUACAAGCAAUAAAUUAUCAAGUGGCGCUGCCAGUCUGACAUCAAAGAAUCUGGCCCAGACUGUGUCUGGUGUAGGCAACAGUAGUGUAAAUGAAUCGACAAAGAUAUCAUACGUCAGUGAGAAACAAAAUCGAAUAAAUCGAGACAAUAACUUAAUGCGAUCCACUAACAAACCAAAGAUUAUUCCAAAAGAAACACCAGAUGUCAAAAAUAUGGAAAAGGCUCUGUUAGAAUUGUUAGAUGACUUCCACACUGGUAAGCUGAGUGCAUUUGGUACAGGUUGUAGUAUGGAACAAAUGAUAAAUAUAAGAGAUCAACAGGAGCACUUGGCACGGUUACAUUUUCGUUUAUGUGCUGAUGUUGAGAAGCCUACUGAGGAUAGUUUUGAAAACUCUGCAUCUCGGGAUAAAAUGGCUCAGCUAGUUCAGAGUCUUGAACAACUUUCUGCAUCUAUUGAACACUUACAUUCUGAUGUUAAUGGCACUGAGAAACCAACAUGAAAAUUUUGUACCUAUAGCUUAUUUUGGAUCUUAGUAUAAUCUCUAUAAAUUUAAGUCAAUAAUGUAAUUAUAUAAUUAUGUAUAUUAUUUUUAUAUUGUAAUGUAUAUUAAUUAUGUAUCUUCAGAUACUUUUAUGUUAUCAAAUAAUAUUUUAAUAUUUUUAAAUGUUUAUUAUGUGGUCUAGAAAGCCUGCAAUUUGCAUAUGUAUAGUUGACCUUGGUGUAAAGUUCAUCAAUUUAUUGACGCUCAUCAGUUGCUGUUUAUGGAUUUGUUUGAGAUGUAAUCUUGAUUCAGAAUGUCAAAAUGUAUCAUUUUUAUAUUAUUUCAUUAAUCCAAAUUGGGUAUUGGGUUUACCAAUAUUUGAGCUGAAUGAUUUUUAUAUCAGCUUUCAUUCUUAUAAAGAAAUAAUAAUAUGUAUUUAAAUAAAGAGGUAUAAAAAUGGUAAUUUAUCAUUUUAUUUCAACUUUAUAGGUGUUUAUCAUAAUGGCAAAUUUUUUUUAUCUACUUAUGAGCUAGAGAAGGAUUGCAUAUAAGCUAUAUAAUAAAAAAGUUUCAUUAAAAUCUGUCUAUUAGUUUCAGAGAUUAGCAUGAGCAAAUACAGAUUUUUUCUGUUUAAAAUAAAUUCUUUCUCUAUUACUGCCUAUUUUAAUUUUAUUGAAAGAUCUGAACUCCUAAUAUAAAAGCUGUUGAGGUUACCAGUUUAGGAAUUAAGCUGUCAAACAUCGAGCGGUCACCAGUGACCGCAACCUAUUACGUGUCUAUAAUGACGGUACUCGACGAGUUAACAAGAGUAAAAG